CAGGCUGACGAGGCCGUCCAGCCAUGUUGAGAAGUCUGUCAAGCAAAGUGCAGCCCGCCAUUGUGUAGACACCAAGCAGGCUGUGUAGGGAGAUAGGGGCGCUCGGCUCAACACUUCAUCCGUCGCGACGCGAAAUUCUCCAGCCUGCCGCUCGUAAUAUAUUUAGGCACUCAGCCGGGGGGAAUAAAACAAAGACAUGUCAGCUAGCAGCCUCCUCGAACAGAGACCGAAAGGCCAAGCAAAUAAAGUACAAAACGGAGCUGUGACCCAAAAGGAUUCCUUGAAUGAUGAUGAGUUUGAGCCUUACCUGAACACUCAGGCCAGACAGAGCAAUGCCUAUACGGCCAUGUCGGACUCCUACAUGCCCAGCUAUUACAGCCCCUCCAUAGGAUUUUCCUACUCCCUAAAUGAGGCAGCGUGGUCUACCGGCGGGGACCCUCCUAUGCCUUACCUGGCCUCCUAUGGACAGCUAAGCAACGGGGAGCCCCACUACCUCCCAGAUGCCAUGUUCGGGCAGCCGGGCCCCUUGGGAAGCAACCCUUUCUUGGGCCAGCACGGUUUCAACUUCUUCCCCAGCGGCAUCGACUUCUCGGCAUGGGGGAACAGCAGCUCUCAGGGACAGUCGGGUACGCCGCAGAGCUCCGGCUACAGCAGCAGCUAUGCGUAUGCUCCCAGUUCCCUGGGAGGGGCCAUGAUUGACGGACAGUCCCCUUUUGCAUCCGCUGCCAACGAACCCCUAAACAAGGCGCCCGGUAUGAACAGCCUGGACCAGGGCAUGGCCGGCUUAAAGAUCGGGGCAGUGUCUCCCGGGGGCAACGGGGACAUGGCUCCGAAGGUGGUGGGCUCUGGCUUACCGGGAGGGGGUCCUCUGGGACCCGUGUCUUCUGUAGGACCCCCCAGCAUGCCGCCCGUCUCGAUCACCCCCGCCAAGCCUGCCUCCUGGGCGGACAUCGCCAGCAAGCCAGCCAAGCCUCAGCCCAAGCUGAAAACCAAGGGUGGCAUGGCUGGGGCGUUUUUGCCGCCUCCGCCCAUUAAACACAACAUGGACAUCGGCACGUGGGACAACAAAGGCACCGUGCCAAAAGCGGUCACGCCUCAGCAGGUGCUCCCAAUUCCGAGCAAUGGGCAGCAACCCAAUCAGGCGUCCCCCCAGCCUGGAAGUACGGCGGCAGGGAACCCACAGAUGCCCCUGAGCAAUGGACAGCUGGUACCCCCGGUUUCCCAGAUGGGGCACCAUCAGCUCCCACCCAGCGGGCAGCCCGGCAUCGCUCAAAUGCCCCAGCCGCCGCUCUCCCAGGGCCCCCCGCCGCCGAGUCAACAGCAGCAGGCCGCCCAGUCCACCCGCUGGGUGCCCCCGCGGAACCGGGCCAACGGAUUCGCGGACAGCGGCGGGACCGGAGUGGGCCAGUCGCCUCCCGCCUCCUCCGGGGUGGGUAUGGUUGCCGGGGUGUCCUCUGAGCCUCACCCAGUCUUAGAGAAGUUGCGUAUGGUCAACAACUACAACCCCAAGGACUUUGACUGGAACCCCAAGCAGGGUCGCGUGUUCAUCAUCAAGAGCUACUCGGAGGACGACAUCCACCGCUCCAUUAAGUACAACAUCUGGUGCAGUACGGAGCACGGCAACAAGAGGCUGGACGCCGCCUACCGCUCACUGGGCGCCAAGGGGCCGCUCUACCUGCUGUUCAGCGUCAACGGCAGCGGGCACUUCUGCGGCGUGGCCGAGAUGCGCUCGGCCGUGGACUACAACACGUCCGCCGGCGUGUGGUCGCAGGACAAGUGGAAGGGGCGCUUUGACGUGCGCUGGAUUUUUGUCAAAGACGUUCCCAACAGUCAGCUGAGACACAUCCGGCUAGAGAACAACGAGAACAAGCCGGUGACCAACUCUCGGGACACGCAGGAGGUGCCGCUUGACAAGGCCUGGCUGGUGCUCAAGAUCAUCGCCGGCUACAAACACACCACCUCCAUCUUUGAUGACUUUUCACACUACGAGAAGCGUCAGGAGGAGGAGGAGUGUGUGAAAAAGGUGGAGGUCCAAGGCAGCGAGCCAUAUCCCAGCAACCCAAACAGGAGUCAUUACAGGCUGCAGGUAAAGUCAUAGACUGAUGUUACACUUGUCACGGAAGAACUGUUGAAACGAUACGUUCCGAGAGGCUGCUCAACCUCAACUUUUUGUCCUCUGUGGAAAUAAAAGCAAGCAUUCAAACUGUAGCCAUCAUAAAUCUGUCAUUUCUG